AUGUUGAGUACCUCUUCUUAUUCUGCCUUUGCCCGCUCCUUUCUUCCGAUUAAGGGUUUUCCCCGACCCGUCGCACUUCGUCCUUUUCCUCGGAUUUUGGAAUCCCAUGCCAAGUCUCCCAAGAACAGGUUGAGUAUUCUGUGCUUUAGGCACGAUCAUCUUUCUCCAGAAACACCCCAACCUGAAGUUAUAGAGCACUAUCUUCAUGAGGAAUUGGUGCAAUCUGAAUUCAGUGACUCCAGUGUUGUCACGAAAAGAGACUGGAAAUCAGCCGUCCAGAAGGCUGCAAAUGAAGUAUUUAAGGUAAUUGGGUAUCCAUGGGUUGUGCCAUGGACUGCAAUGACUAUAUUACAAGUUAUGCUUCUUUGGACGACCGCAUUUUGGUUUAUAGGAUCUUGGAUGAUUCCUUUUGCAGCUCAUAUAACUGGCUUUAGCAAGGAGUCUUUAACAUUUAGAGGGCAAGCACUAUUCAGCCUCGUCACAGAUGUAACUGAAGGGCUUGCUGGAGUUGCAAUUCUUCUUCGCUGUCUUUCUCGGUUCCGCCCUCUUCCACCUGACUGGUUUAGGUUUAGCCUAAAAGGUAAUUGGCAAUUAGAUGUCAUCAUGGGAUGUCUCUUGUUUCCGCUAGUCAAUCGGUUGUCACAGUUCAACCUAGACCUACUACCCCUUUUACCCUCUACACCUGUUACCCUUUCAAGUGUUGAACAAUCAAUAAGGGCAAGGGAUCCUGUGGCAAUGCUAUUGUAUGCAACAGUUGUAUCCGUAUGUGCUCCUGUCUGGGAAGAAAUAGUUUUCCGUGGUUUUCUACUCCCAUCCCUCACCAAAUACAUGCCAGUGUGGUGUGCAAUACUGGUAAGUUCAAUUGCCUUUGCGCUUGCACAUUUCAAUAUACAGAGGAUGCUGCCCCUUAUAUUUCUUGGCAUGGUGAUGGGUGUGAUAUAUACAAGGUCAAGGAAUUUACUGCCACCAAUGCUGUUGCACAGUCUUUGGAAUGGUUUUGUCUUCUUAGAUUUGAUGAAAUAG